UAGUAGUACCCAUGCACACGAGUAGCAGCAGCACCACUAUGGUUGAUGCACCCGCUUCGUUUCUCGAGCAGGUGCCCAAUUUGGGUCUCAAGUCGAUGGUGUCGAAGCCGUUGUCGGCACUUUUAUGCCAGUAUUUCGACAAUGAAUCCUCCUAACUUGCAUAUUCCUCAUAUCUGACUUUCCUACUUAGGCGGGCUCCACCACUAUGUAUAUUUAUUGCCUCAACUUCUACUGUUUUUGUUUUUUCUACUUAGGCGCUCCACCACAAUUUACUACCUCAACUACUAGCUCCUUGGAAAGGGCGGCGCGUUGUCGUGCGUCCAUCCAAUUCCCACUACCACGGCAAACUGACCCCAUAGACAAGGCACUACUUCUACUUACACUUACUACUCCGAAUACGCCUACUACUGCUUCUUGCCACUUCUCGUACUGCUACUAUUUUUACAGCUGCAGAAGUGCUGGAUUCGUACUGUACCAAUCUAUCAGCAGUUAAUCAAGUAAGUAAGAUAUUCUAAAGUGCUACAAACAUCAUCAAGUUCUGUUUGUGCUAGUACAUUGAAGAAAUCAAAUGCGCAGAAAGACUGAGGACGAAAAAAAAAAGUGUUAAAAAAAGACUGAGGACCGGGGUGAGAAACAGGGAAGCCCCGACUUGAAUUGAAAUGCGCAGUAGUUUAGAAGUGCAGCUGCAGAAGUGCUGGAUUCGUACUGUACCAAUCUCUAACUACUUCGAGUCGGUUUCGAAAACCAUCGUCCUCGUCCCCGUCCAAGAAAGAAGAGUCUAACCCGAAGCUUGCCGAAAUGAUUAAGGCUCAAUUCUACCAUUCAUCUCUUAGACUCUACGCGUCAUUUUUCCCUAUUGCUUUCUUAUAGGAUUUGCUUCUGGAGGAGGGUGGAGAGAUAUUACAGGGAACAAGAAGUGAAUCGUUUUGAGCUCUAAAAACAGCGGUGAGGCCGAUGACGAUAAUAUGGUAAAGCGGCGCCUCCUUGAUGUCAAAG